GUGUGAGUGUGGUGUAGUGUGAGUGGCACACAGGAAGGAGAGGGAACUGUGCAGGAACAGCUGUGUAGUGUGUGUGAGUGUGGUGUAGUGUGAGUGUGGUGUAGUGUGAGUGGCACACAGGAAGGAGAGGGAGCUGUGCAGGAACAGCGGGGGGAGGUGGGAUAAUCGCAGUUUCCUCUCUGACGCAGGAGAAUCGGGGUCAGGAUAGAAUCGCAGCGAUUCCCGGGACUCCUUCCUGCUCCCUCCCGCCGGUGCCAGCCCCAUGCCCGCCAGCACAGACCCCUCCCCGGGGAGCAGAGAGAAGGAUCCUCGGCCAGGGGAGAUGCCCGGGGCUGGGGUGUAGUGACUGGGCCGGACCCUGCGCGGAUACACAGUUACUGCUGCCCGCAACUUACUGCGGAGUGCGGGGCCCGCUCACCCCUCUCACCCGCUGCCGGGUGUCCUGCUGUUGCUGCCAGGGGCUGUGAGCGAGCUGUCUCUAUGAGUAGUCUGUCUCUAAGUGAGUGAGCUGUCUCUAUGUGAGUUGUCUCUUGCUGUCUCUAUGUGAGUUGUCUCUAUGUGAGUUGUCUCUUGCUGUCUCUGUGUCAGUCAGCUGUCUCUGAGUAGUCUGUCUCUGAGUUAGUGAGCUGUCUCUAUGUGAGUGAGCUGACUCUAUAUUGUCUCUUGCUGUCUCUAUGUGAGUGAGCUGUCUCUUGUUGUCUCUAUGUAAGUGAGCUGUCUAUGUGAGUGAGCGGUCUCUUGCUGUCUCUAUGUGAGUGAGCUGUCUAUGUGAGUGAGGUGUCUCUUGCUGUCUCUAUGUGAGUGAGCAGUCUCUUGCUGUCUCUAUGUGAGUGAGCUGUCUCUUGUUGUCUCUAUGUAAGUGAGCUGUCUAUGUGAGUGAGCGGUCUCUUGCUGUCUCUAUGUGAGUGAGCUGUCUAUGUGAGUGAGGUGUCUCUUGCUGUCUCUAUGUGAGUGAGCAGUCUCUUGCUGUCUCUAUGUGAGUGAGCUGUCUCUUGUUGUCUCUAUGUAAGUGAGCUGUCUAUGUGAGUGAGCGGUCUCUUGCUGUCUCUAUGUGAGUGAGCUGUCUAUGUGAGUGAGGUGUCUCUUGCUGUCUCUAUGUGAGUGAGGUGUCUCUUGCUGUCUCUAUGUGAGUGAGCUGUCUCUUGUUGUCUCUAUGUAAGUGAGCUGUCUAUGUGAGUGAGCUGUCUCUUGCUGUCUCUAUGUGAGUGAGCAGUCUCUCGGUGAGAUCUGGAGCAGGACUUCUCUUUGUUCUUGAUUUGGAUUAUUGCGUUGCCCGUCCCUGGCUAUGGCAUCAUCUGGCGGUGCCAGUGCCCAGGGGUCUGUAGGGAACAUGGCGCUGCCCUGGUACCACCGGGAUCUGAGCCGGGCAGCGGCUGAGGACUUGCUUGCCAAGGCUGGCAGAGAUGGCAGCUUCCUGGUGCGAGACAGCGAGAGCGUCACCGGUGCCUAUGCCCUCUGCGUGCUGUUCCAGAAGCACGUGCACACCUACCGGAUCCUGCCGGAUGAGGACGACUUCCUGGCCGUACAGACAUCUCAAGGGGUACAAGUGCGCCGUUUCAAGACGCUGGGGGACCUGAUAGCAAUGUACCUGCAGCCGAACCAGGGCAUGGUGUGUACGCUGCUGUACCCUGUGGAGAGAGAGAAGGACGUUAUAGAGGACAGAGACUAUUCAGAUGGUGAAGAUGAGAAGCCGCCUCUCCCGCCGCGGUCGGCCUCGGCCAGUUUCUCUGGCGGGUCUGGGUUGAGUUUGGGGCCGUGUGGUCAGGAUCUCAGCCCUACCGACAGCACAACCAAUGGGCUGAGCACUGUGUCCCACGAGUACCUGAAGGGUAGUUACGCUCUGGACCUAGAAGCUGUGAAAUCCGGAGCCACCAGCCUGCCCCACCUCAACAAGACGCUGGUCGUCUCCUGCAAGCGGCUGCACGGGGAAGUUGACAAAGUCUUGUCCGGGCUGGAAAUUCUCUCCAAGAUCUUCGACCAGCAGAGCUCUCCGAUGGUGACUAAGAUUCUGCAGCAGGCUGCGAGCCAGAGCGGAGAGCAGGAGCUGGAAAGCCUGGUCUUCAAACUGUCCAUCCUGAAGGAUUUCCUGUCCAGCAUCGAGAAAAAGGCGCUGAAAGCUUUACAAGACAUGAGCAACUCUGCCCAAUCUGCUCCUGUUCCCCAGUCCUCCAGGAAGAGUAAGAGUAUCCCUGUGCAGACCUUUGAGGUGAAGCUGGACAUGCCGGACCUCACCAAGAUUGUCAAAUCGCAGAAGUACACGCUGAGCGUGGACGUGGAGGGGGGGAAACUGGUGGUCAUGAAGAAGGUGAAAGAGUCGCAGGAAGACUGGAACACCUUCGUCCAUGAUAAAAUCCGACAGCUGAUCAAGUCCCAGCGGGUGCCCUCUAAGCUGGGUAUUGUAUUUGAGAAAGAGAAGGAUAAAACACAACGGAAAGACUUCAUCUUUGUCAGCGCCAGGAAGCGGGAAGCGUUCUGCCAGCUGCUGCAACUGAUGAAGAACAAACACUCAAACCAAGACGAGCCGGACAUGAUGUCCAUCUUCAUUGGGACCUGGAAUAUGGGAAGCGUCCCGCCACAGAAGAAUAUCACCUCCUGGGUAGGCUCCAAGGGUUUAGGGAAGACGCUGGACGAGAUGACUGUCACUAUCCCGCAUGACAUCUACGUGUUCGGGACACAGGAGAACUCGGUGGCAGAUAAGGAGUGGGUGGACUUCCUGCGGGGGGCGCUGAAAGAGUGCACGGAAUUGGACUAUCGGCCGGUCGCCAUGCAGUCCUUGUGGAAUAUCAAGAUUGUUGUCCUUGUUCGGGUAGAACAUGAGAACCGGAUCACGCACAUUAGCACAUCCAGCGUGAAGACCGGAAUUGCCAACACGUUGGGGAAUAAAGGCGCAGUCGGGGUGUCUUUCAUGUUUAAUGGAACCUCGUUUGGCUUUGUGAACUGUCACCUGACCUCGGGGAAUGAGAAGACUGCGAGGCGUAACCAGAAUUACCUGGACAUCUUGCGGCUCCUCUCUCUGGGGGACAAGCAGCUGAACUCCUUCGAUAUUUCCCUCCGCUUCACGCACCUCUUCUGGUUCGGUGACCUGAAUUACCGGCUAGAUAUGGACGUACAGGAGAUCCUGAAUUUUAUCAGCCGCAAAGAAUUUGAGCCAUUGCUUAAAGUUGACCAGUUGAACCUGGAGAAAGAGAAGAACAAGAUUUUCUUACGUUUUAGUGAGGAAGAGAUCACCUAUCCCCCCACAUAUCGCUAUGAGAGAGGAUCCAGAGACACAUACGUGUAUCACAAACACAAGCCUACUGGGGUCCGUACAAAUGUCCCUUCCUGGUGUGACCGUAUCCUGUGGAAAUCUUACCCGGAAACCCACAUCAUUUGUAACUCUUACGGGUGCACUGAUGACAUCAUGACAAGCGAUCAUUCUCCCGUGUUUGCAUCGUUUGAGGUCGGUGUGACAUCACAGUUCGUCUCUAAGAAAGGUCUCCUGAAAUCAUCGGACCAGGCCUGCAUUGAGUUUGAGAACAUUGAAGCCAUUGUGAAGACUGCGAGCAGAACAAAGUUCUUUAUUGAGUUCUAUUCUUGUUGCCUGGAAGAGUAUAAGAAGAGCAGCGAGAACGACAGUCAGAGCAUUGAUAAUGUCAACUUUCUGAAGGUCCAAUGGUCUUCCAGACAGCUCCCGACACUGAAGCCGAUUCUGUCAGAGAUCGAGUACCUGCAGGAUCAGCACUUGCUGCUAACAGUGAAGUCUAUGGACGGAUACGAGUCUUACGGGGAAUGUGUGAUUGCGCUGAAGUCUAUGAUCGGGAGUACGUCCCAGCAGUUCCUGACCUAUCUGUCACAUCGCGGGGAGGAGACUGGCAACAUCCGCGGCUCUAUGAAAGUGCGAGUGCCCGCAGAGCGAAUGGGCACCAGGGAGCGUCUGUACGAAUGGAUCAGCAUUGACAAGGACGAGACGGGAGCAGUAAAAGGGAAGCCGCCAUCAGUGUCGCGACCCAACCACGACUACGCCAAGUCCGCCAGCCGGAAGCAUCCCCCCGCGGAGACACCAGGUCCUACACUUGGGAAAUUGUUUGAAGAACCGGAGAAAGGUCCAUCUCACGCCACCAGCCGCCCGCCAGCUGCGUUACCCGCGACCGCCAAGGAAGAUCCGGCCCUGGCUCGGUGUAAGAUGGAACCUCAGGCUGAGGGUGAUGGACUUGGGGUGAAGAACAGCUUCAACAACCCGGCCUAUUACGUUCUGGAGGGGGUCCCGCAUCAGAUGAUGCCCCUGGAUGGGCAGCUUCCUGCCUCUACUGCCCCUAAGAAUAAGGUACAAAUCACCGUGCCGGCACCUCACGCAGACAAACUCCGCCAGUACCCACAUGUCACCCGGGGGGAGGAGACGUCGUCUGAUGAGGAUGUGGGAACCCUGAAUUUACCUCCACCUGAUUUCCCGCCGCCUCCGCUCCCCAAAUCGGCCGAGUUUGAGAUGUUGGACAACCCGUUCUACAUGACGUCUGGUGAGCUGCACACCAGGCCGGCGGAGGACACUGAGCAGAGGUCGGCACCUGGCAAAGUCCGAGUAGGUGUCACCUUCAGCGAACCCCCCGAGACCAAGUACCAUCCCAAGUCCCAACAGAGGCCCCCACUGCCGACCCCCCAGACUCAGUAUAUGGCAGAGACUCAUGGGAGCUCCCAGGAUGACCGAUCUUGCUCGGUGCUACAGAUGGCGCGCACGCUCAGUGAGGUGGACUAUUCCGGGAACAAGCCAGAUGCCAGGGACCCCUCGAGCCGCUCAGCUCAUCUCAUGUCUGGCAAGGGCAAAAUGGACCUUCCACCUCACUGCAUGGACUUCAACCGCCCCCUGGUCUUCCCGCCACACUGCAUCCGAGAGAGCAUCCAGGAGGACCUGGCCGAGGAGGCCCUGUACCAAGGGGGACGCAGCUCAUCCAGCCUGAAGAGCUCCAGCGUGGGGGAAUGGCUGCGCGUCAUUGGGCUGGAGCGAUACGAGGAUGGACUGAUACACAACGGCUGGGAUGACCUGGAAUUCCUCAGGUACAGUAACACCGACAUCGUGGAGGAAGAUCUGGAAGAGGCUGGGGUGCUGGAUCCCACCCACAAGAAGAUCAUUCUAGACAACCUGCAGCUCAGGAAAUGAGGGUCGUCGCCUUUCCGUCUGUGGCCUUAUCACCCGAAUUCGUGGCCUUACCCCCCGUGUGUUUACUUUGCUGCACCUUAUUGGCUCUGGUAGCCCCGGGGCCUGGCGCGAGCUGAAGCCUUACGCAGGAUAUUCCUGUCAGCGUCCGCUCCGGCCCCCAGACUCCUUUAUAUCCUUGUCCUUCCAUACAUUUCAUUCUCCCAGCGGCCGACGGAAGCUGCGAUCUAACGGUUUUUUUUUUAACGUGAGUGAUUUUUGUUUUUUUAAUUUACUAAUAUUCCAUUUGUGUAGAGGUUCCGCCUCACAGGCACUGACUGAUGGUUUUUUUUACUACUCCUAAUAUUUAUAAUUUUUCCUCAUACCAACGUUAGACCAAAAUGGCUGCCGCGGGGACGGGAUCCUUUCUGCUGUGGCUGACGUCAUGCCGCUGGCUCCUGUCCUGUUAUUAAUGAGAAGUCCCCUGGCCAUACUCCCGGAUUGCGGAGAGCGGGUGGUUAACGGAUUCUCUGUAACAUGGGGUCUGAGAGGACGCUUCAUAGAAUAUCUCCAAGCUUAUGUUACAGCGGGAUGACGCGUUUAUUACAGAACGCUAACCUCAGGAUCUCCCCUCCGGGAGCCAGUCUGUCCCCAGUCGCACUACAUGUGACAGCGGUUUUCUGCCAUACAGCACCGUGGGGAGAGUUUUAUCUGUUCUAAAAGGGAAUUGCGUUGUUGGAGCGUUUUGAUAGCUGCAAUAUGAUUCGUCUCCUGUGUCAUGGCUACCGACCGUCUAAAGCCUGAUAGUGUGUAUACAAGCACUGCUACAUAUAUACCCAAGAUAUAGGCACUUAUAUACAUCGUACACUAUGCUGGUCCCGUAUAUCGGAUUUAUACACACAAACGCCAGCUGUAUAGAAACUAAACCUGUGCGGAACGUGCGUUGUCCUCCUCCUGGGUAUUCUCUAUGGAAAUACUGAUAUUUAUACAAUUGCUGUUUGAGAGUCCCAGGUUACAAGGCGCACAGGGCGGGGACUGGGGAAAUUGGAGAAUGGCGGCAGAUUUUAAACUCCUUUUGGAAACCCAAGCUGGACGUACUCUGACCGGUAGUUAUCUAAUACACGCUGCCGAUAAUCACCGGAUCCGUGUUGGCAUUACCAAGCGGCACUGUGAUGCCGGCCCUGCUAACUGCUUAUAUGUUGUCAGGUAAUGUCCUGUAGAUAAAACUACCUGUCUCUUAUGGGGGGGGAUUCAUCUUUAGGUGACUGUAACAAAUGGACCCAAUAGCCGGGAUUUAAUUGCUCCUGAGCAUGGUGUAGCAUAAAGACAUCCGAAUUCUUCUGUCGUCCCGCACGGCCGCCAAACUCGGACUUCAUCCCGCCCACUAUCCGUUUCAUUGCUUUGGAUGCGGUUACAGACAGGGAAUUACUGACUAUCGUCCAUUUGUGAAACCCCCCCCCCCCCCCCCCUCCUAUUUAUAACACCACCACCACUUACCGUGUACACUUUGUGUGUGGAUAAUACAUAAGUAACGAUAUUGUUAGAGUUGGAGUACAGAUGACAUCAGCGGUUAUAAUGGAUGAAGAGUGACAUCAUCGCUCCUGUAUUAUAAAGCACUCGCUGCCAUCUAUACUACAGCACUCGUCACUGACCCAUGUGCCUUCCUCGAUCUCACUUUGUACUGUUAGGGCGAUCUCUGUGUCCCGUACGACGGACAGCCGACACAGCGGAGAGACCAAUUUUUCAUAUAUACUUCCAAGUGCCAAAAGACAUUUCUGUAGCCCUCUGCCUCCAAUGCUGCCUGAGCCCGAGGUGUCUUUAUAGUAACACCUGUAAACCAUACGCUGAAGGAGGAAACCAGCGCCGUGUAAUGAAUGGCUGCUGAUACCAGGGGGCGCCACGCCCCACAAUUCUUCCUACACAGCGAAAUAAAAGCACAACAGAGGAACUUGCUGUUUUUAUUGUCCGAGUUUUGUGUAUCGUUCUCUAUGGACUAUGCUGAAGGCCUGUUACCAUUGUGGGAACGCGGCACUGCCGUGGUGCUAGACAUUGGUGUUCGGGCCACAUAAAAGGGAAGAGAGACUUUAUACCCUGUUCAUCUGUACAUCUGUCCUUAUGUUGUAAUCCAGCUGCGUGGAAGCUGCAGAGCUGGCGGUUGGGACGAGAAAUUCUAAGUUACAGAUUAGUUGUGUGUGUGACAAUAAAAGUCUACGGUGAACUCC